AUGUCGGAGAACGCGGCAGCGUCUAUUGAACAGCCGUUUCGUUUUGGAAAUGGAGUAGAAUUGCCUCCAUUUCGUUCGUUCAACGAUUUCAUCCUUGGCAAAGCACGUUUCGAUCUUCCACCCUAUAAUGACUUACCGAGGUGGAACAAUCGAAUCAUAUCAAACCUACUCUACUACCAAACUAACUACUUUGUCGUCUUUGCUGUACUUUUUGUUUUACAGAGUUUCUUUAAUUCACAGGACUUGGCACUCGGUUUGUCUGCUGUAGUAGUAGUUGCAGCUGUAGUUAGUACUUUGAUUUUUUUGUCGCAUUCUAAUGGUCUCUUAUUUCCUUUGGCUUUCUUUCUUCAACCGCUCAACUUAAGA